GCCGCUGAUAAGGGCUUUAGCAGCUGAUCUGACUUCAGUCUGGAUAGAUGAAGGAUGAGCUUCUCACACGCAGACGUUGUCCAUCCUGCUGCUGCUGAUGCUCCCUGCUCGUCUCGUCGUCGUGGUAAACUCUUGUGCACCCUCUGGUGCUUGCUAGUCUCCCAAACUUCUUUGUGUAGCCCGCUUUGCAGAUUGUCUUCCUUGUCUGUGUGGUGGUUGCUCAUUAUUCAGAGACAGACGGAUCUCAGGUCAUCUGCAGCUGCAGCGAAGGAGAAGCAGGAAAGAUGGCGAUCAUCCAUUAGACCGACCGGGCGCACGCAUGAGAUACGAGGACAACUUUUGGGAGGAUCGCUUGAGGAGAAGAUUGUACCAGUUUCCCUGAUUUUCCAGGGAGUGCUCCCUCUUUUCAGUGAUGGAGGUAUUGCAGUGUGACGGCUGUGACUUCCGUGCCGAGUCAUAUGACGACUUGAAGACCCACAUUCAGGAAGUGCACACCGCUUUCCUGCAGCCUGCAGAUGCAGACGAGUCUGACUCUCUGAAAGGCGAGGAUGAAGACGAGGAGGAGGAGGAGGAAUGUGAGGACAAGGAGGGCAAGGAUUAUACGCCUCCUAAAGCUGGAAUGAGCCCCAACUCUACUGACAACUCCAACCAAACACCACAAAAGCAGACGGCUGAAACCCACCUGCAGUUUUACCAGUGCAAGUUCUGUGUCCGUUACUUCAGAUCCAAGUCAUUCUUAAGAAACCACACCAAAAAAGUGCAUAACGUUGUAGAGGACGAUUCCGAUGCGAGCAUCUCCUCGCAGACAGCCGAGCAGCCCAGCUACACUGUUAUAAUGCGCAAUGACCAUUCGAAAGUGUAUAUCUGUCAGUAUUGCACAUACAAGUCUCCACGCAAAGCAAGGAUGAUGAAACACCAACUAAUGUACCACAACAAGGUUCCCUCGGAGAGCACCGGAGAACCUUCCGAAUACGCCGAGACCGGAGAGGAGUCGGACUCAGCCAGCAGACUAGUGAAGGGAACAUUUGCCUGUGAAUGGUGUGACUAUCAGACCGACCAGAAGGACAGCUGGACUGAUCACGUGGUGAAAGAACACAGCGACAAGGUCAAGAUAGUUUCCGGCAUUGCGGAGCUGGAAGGAGAGGCGAGUGCGAGCUCACCCAAACCGGAUUCUCCCUCCGCUUCCCGAAGCCCGACUAGAUCAACGAUGAGUCUCGCUGACGUUCAAGGAAACGAAGAGCUGGUAGGAAAACCAACAGAAAAUACGUUGGAGAAGUCCGUCCCAGAGAUCCCAUCCUUUCAAUACGCGCAGAUUAGUGCAGUAACACCCAACAGCACAGGUUCCUCCAUUUUGUCCAAGAGGUUCACUUCUUCUGACGUCUCCCAGAGUGCCGUUGAGAUGGAUGGCAACUUACUCAACGAGGAAGACUCUAGGAGCAGCUUAGAGGAUGACGAUGAAGAAGAGUUGGGCGAUAUAGACGAUCCCAGCUACACUGGGACCCUGUCAGCAGAUGCGAAGCUGCUUUUAACUGAUGAGGACAAUAAAUUACUGGAGACUAAAGGAAUCCCAUUUAGAAAGUACAUGAACCGUUUCCAGUGCCCCUUCUGCUCCUUCCUCACCAUUCACAGGCGAAGCAUCUCCCGCCACAUUGAAAACAUUCACCUCUCCGGUAAAACCACCGUGUAUAAAUGUGACGAAUGCCCGUUUAUUUGCACUAGCCCUCUUAAAUUAGGCACGCACAAACAGAGCCACAUAUCCUCAGAUUUAGACACCAUGGACCUAACAAGUGAUAGUCCAGAUCCUCACAAUGACAGUGCCGCAGAGCCAGUUAACGGGGGUAAUGUAAGUUCCAAAGUCAACGGGAAGAAGAUAACCAGCACAGCAAACGACCAGCCGAACCCUCAUCGCUGCACGCUCUGCAGCUUCUCUACCACCACUCUAAAAGGUCUGAGGGUUCACCAGCAGCAUAAGCAUUCCUACUGUGAUGACCUAGAUCCCACUGUCUUUGAAAGCCAGCUGACCGACCAGCCGGACUCUGAUGUGGACGCUUCUCCGAUCUUUCUACAAAAAACCCAGACCUCCAUUUUAGGACUUGCCACCAAAAAGCCCUUAGUAACAGGGAAAAGAGCCAGGAAGUCCAUCAACGACUUGCCUCUGGAUUUGUCCUCGGUUAAGAAGAGAACUAGAAUCGAUGAAAUUGCCAGUAACCUUCAAAGUAAGAUAAACCAAAGCCAACAGGACAUGAUCAUAAACCUAGAUGACAUGGAUGAUGAAGAUGCAGGAGAAAAUCACGCCGGCGCUGAUAAAGAGGGUAGAAACCAUGACAAUAAAAACCCCGUCUUCGCUUAUAACACGCAACAGCUUCACGCAAGAGAUUCGAUGAGCUCCAACGAGGGAGGCAGAAUAGGGAAAAGAAAAAGCAACCCCAAGUCGAAACCUAGAAACAUUCCUAUAUCGCUGACUCUCUCGGAUGAUAGCGAAAACAUCUCUGCUGACCCCAGUGACGGUGCUAUCCAAGAGAACGCUGAAUAUUCAGAGGAAGCAGGAAUUGCGCGUUUCUACUGUAAACACUGUGAUUACCACAACAAGUCGGCUCGUAGCGUCAGCACCCAUUACCAGAGGAUGCACCCGUACAUUAAGUUCAGCUUUAAGUACAUCCUGGACCCCGAGGACCAGAGCGCGGUCUUCCGCUGCUUAGAGUGCUACAUCGAAUACACAAAUUACAACGAUCUGCACCAACACUACAUGGAUCACCACCCCGAAGCAAGCAACGUGCUCAACUUCAACCAACCAAAUCUGGUAUACAUGUGCCGCUUUUGUUCGUACACGAGUCCCAACGUCAGAAGCCUGAUGCCCCAUUACCAAAGAAUGCACCCCACAGUGAAAAUCAACAACGCCAUGAUCUUCUCUAGCUACAUAGUGGAGCAGUCCCACAAAACGGGCGAAUCGCAAACCCUGAGGGAAAUAUUAAACUCUGGCCCCAAGAAUUUGAACUCACCCUCGUCGACCCCCAGGUCCUCCUCCAGCCCGACGCCGAAAACAGUCCCCAAGACCCCCGAAGCCAGUGCUGAGACAGACCCUCUCAAAGAAUCUAUUGGCGGCAAUGUUGUUGUCUAUGAUUGUGAUGUGUGUUCUUUCGCCAGCCCCAACAUGCACUCCGUUUUGGUCCAUUAUCAGAAGAAACACCCGGAGCAAAAGGCGUCUUAUUUCCGUAUACAGAAAACCAUGAAGGUCAUCUCGGUGGAUCAGUCACAGCCUGUUGCAAACUCCUCAUAUAACCUCAACAUGGCUACGUCUCCGAAACAAUCAAGCGCGGCGCUGUAUGGAUCAGAUGAAGAAAUGUACUACUGUAAACAUUGCGUGUACAGCAACAGAUCUGUUGUUGGCGUGUUGGUCCACUAUCAAAAGAGACACCCAGAAGUAAAAGUGACAGCAAAAUAUAUCAAACAUGGCGCCCCCACCCCCGGUUUGAUGAAAUUAAUGGAUGAAUUGCAAAUUGCCGCUCCCAAGCAGUUUAUGAAGCAGUUUCAGAACAACGGUCACGAUGGAUCUAACAACACGAGCCCUAAACCGGGAAGUGGUGAGAAAGGUGAGGAUGAGCUGUUCUUUUGUCAGCACUGUGAUUAUGGCAACCGCACUGUAAAAGGAGUGCUUAUUCAUUACCAGAAGAAGCACAAGGAUACCAAGGCCAACGCUGACCUUGUACGUCGUCACACCGCGGUUGUCCGCAGUCAGCGCGAGCGUGCACAGAUGGUCCAGUCGAGCAGCGUCUCUUCUGCCUCGAUCCCGGCCCCUCCGGACCCCGAAAACACUACACCUCUGCGCUCCCUGAAGUGCAGACACUGUUCCUACACGUCCCCCUACGUCUAUGCCCUGAAGAAGCAUCUGAAGAAAGAGCACCCCACUGUGAAAGCCACAGCCAUGACCAUUUUACACUGGGCUUACCAAGAUGGCAUUCUGGAGGCUGGCUACCACUGUGAGUGGUGCAUUUACUCCCACGCCGAACCCCAAGGCCUGCUGCUCCAUUACCAAAGACGCCACCCUGAGCACAAUGUCGAUUACACAUACAUGGCCAGCAAGCUAUGGGCUGGUCCGGAGACCACCCAGCAAGGAGGCAAUGCGGAAACUAAACAUUACAAAUGCAGAGACUGUGCCUUUGAGGCUUGUACAAUAUGGGACAUCACUAGUCACUAUCAGGCAGUCCACCCUUGGGUCAUUAAAGGGGACGAAUCUGUGCUUUUGGAUAUCAUCAAAGGAAAUGGCUCAGUUGAAAAGAUCCACCAGCAGGUUGCCAAAGAACAUGUGUCUUUCAAUUGCCAGUCUGUUGAAGAUGAUGGAGCGCUGGUCAUUGUCAGCACACCUCAAGAAAUCAAUCCACAUCCUCCCCACCCACGUCUUUCCAUCUCUAACAAUACUUAUCAGUGCACUGUAUGUCUGUCAGAGUACAACAGUCUCCAUGGCCUCCUCACUCACUAUGGAAAGAAGCACCCGGGCAUGAAAGUAAAAGCUGCCGAUUUUGCGCAGGAGGCCGACAUCAACCCCAGUUCUGUCUAUAAAUGUCGCCACUGUCCGUAUGUAAACUCCCGAAUCCACGGCGUCCUAACUCACUAUCAGAAGAGACACCCGUUAGUGAAAGUCACCGCGGAAGACUUUGCAGAUGAUAUAGAGCAAAUACCCGACCCAAACGAAGGAGACGACAAGUGCAAAACUCAAAGGCAAGGCUAUGGCGCGUACAGAUGCAAACUGUGCCCGUACACGCACGGCACUCUGGAGAAACUCAAAAUCCAUUAUGAGAAAUAUCACAAUCAGUCGGCCUCUGAAAUGUUUUCUCCCUCUCUGACAUAUUUCUCAACCGAUAAAGACACAGAGCCAGUAGCCGAAUGCAGCGCUGGUAAUAUAUCAAGCGCAGCAAAAGUCCAGCAGGUCAGUGAAUUGGACCUUGCCCUCUCCCAGUUACCCAUCAAUAAGACAGAGAAGCAUGCUAUAUUCAAGUGUCAGCUCUGCAAAUACUUCUGCUCCACCCGGAAAGGCAUCGCUCGCCACUACCGUAUCAAGCACAACAACGUCCGUGCUCAGCCAGAGGGUAAAAACAACGUCUUCAAAUGUGCUCUGUGUCCGUACACAAACCCUAUACGCAAAGGUCUGGCAGCACACUACCAGAAGCGGCAUGAUAUAGAUGCCUAUUAUACCCAUUGUCUGGCUGCUUCCAAGACAAUGACCGAAAAGCCCGAAAAAGUGAUUGCACAGCCACCAUCAGAAGGGGACAAUUCAGAGAUGAGCGAAGACUUGCGUUUGGCCGUGGAGAGACGAAAGUGUUCCCUUUGCGCCUUCCAGGCCUUCAGCAGGAAGAGCAUCGUCUCGCACUACAUUAAACGCCACCCAGGUGUCUUCCCCAAGAAGCAGCACGCUAGCAAGCUCGGUCGCUACUUUACCGUUAUCUAUGCCAAAGAACCAGAGAAGACUGCUGUCAGUGCGAUGGCAGAGGACGACAAGGAAGCGCUGGAGGUUCAGCUUGAACCGGAGCGGGACGGAGAGGUCGAAUGGCUGCCAUUCAAGUGUCUAAAAUGCUUCCAGUUGUCCUUCAGCACAGGCCAGCUGCUCUCUAUGCACUACAACGACCACCACAGCAACGACCUGAAGAGGGACUUUGAGGUAUCGCCCCAUCCUGGGGACGAGGACUCUGAGUUGUACAAUUGUUCUCACUGUGAGCUGAAGUUCCUGGCUCUCCCGAUUCUGGCCAAACAUCUGUUGAACCACAACGAGGAGUUUCAGAAGCGGGCCAUGAGGCAGGAGAGGAGGAGGCAGCUGCUCAGCAAACAGAAAACAGUGGAACCAGCCGAGAUCAAAACUGAGAAGGAAAGCCCUGUAAAUAACACUCCCGUAGGAUUCAGGUGUAACUUCUGCAUAGAGAUGCACCCCACCCUCCGAGCCAUCUGCAACCACCUUAGGAAGCACGUCCAGUACGGAGAGGUCAAAGAGGGACAUGUCAAGCAGGAAGUCAGCGAGGUCCCCCUGACCAUGCCUUCAGAGACCCUGACUAAUGGCGACCUCGAGGGGGAUGAAGCAGCUGAAGCAGUCGACGGCCUCGAGGGACCCGCGGCCCCGAUGAUGGGUCCGCCCUCGGUUUCUGAUGGUGUUCCUGUUAUCGCCGCUGAGACACUGGAACCAGAAACGGAGGCCAUCGAAGGAAGGGCGGCGGCCCUCGUGGCUGCGGCGAGGGCCGUGGUGUUGGAAAGCGAACUGAAGCAGCGCUUAGCAGCGGGGGGUCACCCGUGUGCCCAGUGCGACCGAGUCUUCAUGUCCAUGCAGGGACUGAGGUCCCAUGAGAGGAGCCACUCAGCCAUGGCGCUGUUCAGCAGAGAAGACAAAUACAGCUGCCAGUACUGCCAGUUCGUCUCGCCCUUCAGACACAAUCUGGACAGACACGUACAGUCUCACCACGGCCACCACAAGCCCUUCAAGUGCAAACUCUGCCCCUUUAAAUCUGCCUACGUGAGCCGCUUGAAGAGCCACCUGCAUAAGGCGCACACAGGUGAGCAGCACACAUACCAGUGCUUGUCAUGCCCCUUCUCCUCUAUGACCAUCAGCCAGCUGAAGGAGCACUCUCUGAGAGACCACGGUGAGGCCCUGACGCUCCCCAAACUGCGGGCCGCUACCCAGGCUGCUCAUGGCGCCCUCAGGCCCUCGCGGCUGGCCGGUAACACAGAGCAGACUUCCUUCGCCCCGGAUGAUCCGUCAUACCUAGAGCCAGCGGAUGUUCGUCAGCAGCUUAGUCAUUACCAGCUGGCCUCCCGCAGUCAUAUGUCUUCCAGCUCAACACCUGGUGGCUCAACAGUGGCUGAUCAUCGACCAGACAGCGUCCUCACUUGUGAGUUCUGUGAGUUCAGCUCUGGAUACAUGCAGAGCCUGCGUCGCCACUACAGGGACCGCCACGGUGGCAAGAAGCUCUUCAAGUGCAAAGACUGCUCCUUUUUCACCUGCUACAAGAAUACCUUCACCAUGCAUGUGGAGGCCGGUCACAACAACAAUGCACCCGACAACCUCCCUAAAGACCUGCGUUGCCCUCUCUGCCUCUACCACACUAAACACAAGAGUAAUAUGAUCGACCACAUCGUCCUGCACAGAGAGGAGCGUGUGGCUCCGCUGGAGGUCAGCCGCUCCAAGCUGUCGCGCCACCUGCAGGGCCUCAUAUUCCGUUGCCACAAAUGCACCUUCACAUGCUCCAGUGACCAGGCCCUGCAGCUGCACUUGCAGAAGCACGCCGAGAUCAAACCCUACCAGUGCCAGCUCUGUUACUACGACAGCAGUCAACGGAGCCAGCUAGAGGAGCAUCUACGCCUUGAGCACAAGGUUAUCCGGAACUUCGAGCUGAUGGGCCGCGUCAACCUGGACCAGCUGGAGAUGAUAAAGGAACAAGGGAGCAGCGCCGAGGAGGAAGAAGAAAGAGAAAUCAUGGCGAUGGUCGGAGAUGGAAAAGUACCUGCAGAGGAGGACGACGACGACGACGGAGGAAUGCAGAUUAUGCAGAACAUAGUGGAGGAACAGAGAGAGAUGGAUGAUGAAGAGAUGGAGGACAGCAUCAAAGAGGAAGAAGAGGAGGAGGAAGAAGAUGAAGAGGAAUUCCGGGGGGUGGAGGAGGAGAAGCCUGGCCUACAAGAUAUCCUUGCAUCUCCCACCAGCAGCAGCAGCAGCAGCAACUCUGCGCCGAGCGGUGCAGAGAAGCGUCUUCCCUGUGAGUUCUGUGGCCGCUGCUUCACCAACAGCCUCGAGUGGGAACGUCAUGUCCUUCGACACGGCAUGACGGUUAACAACAGUCAAAUAGACACCAGCACCACCUCCGCAAUGGAGGCCUCAGCUUCAUCUUCUACUGGCUCCUCCGUCUUGAUGGACACAGGAUUGGACCUGUCCAGCUACAUCAACGAGGAAGAGAACCCCGCCGAUCUAUCACUGAGAAGUCCAAGCCAGUAUGUGGAAGACAAAGAAAUGCUCGACACCAAAAAGGAUCAACAGUUUGGCUGA